UUAUUGCUCAGCUUAGAUGUGAUUCUGUAUCGCAUCACUAGAUGCAUUUCUUGAUAUCAUGAUAACAAGAAUCUCGUCCUAAUGAUAUCAGAGACCGUCUUCCAACAGCUGGUGGCUGAUCUGCAUCAGGCACCUACUGCGAAACACAAGGAGUUCUGGAAACAUGUCGCUAACAUUGCAAACAACGAGAGUCCGUUGCGUGACUAUCUGGAAACAGUACUUAAGAGCGUGGACUUUGACAAGCACUUCAAAAGUGACGUCAUGGCUCCUGACAUGGAGUUAAGAUGUGCUGUUGUCCUUGCUAUCGGUUACUGUGUCGCUAGACCACAACUUGCCAGGCAUAUGAACGUUAAGACCACAGUGGAGCUGAUGGUUAAAUCUACAAGAUUAUCCUCGUACAAUAAGCAGAUAGCUAUUAAGUGUGUGUGGGCGGUGGCUAAUGUCAAGGAGGCAGAAGCUUUGAAGGAUUUGGCCGAGGAUGUGAUGGCCCUAAUUUGCGAUUUAGUCAAACACAAGGCUCUAAAGGACGAUGUAGCAGUACACAAGGAGAUACUGAGAUUACUGGACAAGAUGUUACUGACCGCCCCUAAAACAGCUUGUCAGUUAGGUUUCCUCGCUCGGUGGCUGGUUUGUGUGGUGAACCUGACAGUUAGCAAACUUCAAGUGAUCCGAGACAAGGCAGGGGGGUUGUUAGAGAAACACAUGGCAGUUCUGUUAACUUGUGAGACUGAUAAUGAAGUUAACAGAAUCAUCGCUCAGAAGCUGUUCAAUCUUUCCACUUUACCCAACACCGCCAAACCGACAAGUCCGUUGCUACAAGAACUGCAGCAGUUAGCUAACACUGGACACAGUGUCUAUGUUAUGAGGGUGUGGGUCUGUCUCGUUCAUAUGACCAGCAAGUCGAUUCUGAAGAAAUCAGCGUAUCUGAACGAGAUGUUUUCAGUCCCUGACCUCUUUACAAAGCACCUAACCGACAACAACAGCAGAAUAGCUCUAUUUGGCAGCUGGAUACAAGUUAUUGAUAUCUACAGGUCGAAUAUUCCAGAAUUCUUUGCCAAUUCCAAGCACAUGAAGUUCUUCAUGACCCCCUUCUUCACUAUCAAGGAACCCUCUCUAGAGGUCUCCCUGGCUUUAGUAAAGUCCUGGUGGUACUUGGUAGUUGCUUGUCACAGACUCAAUUACAUGAACAAUUUCUCUGCGGUUUUAGAGCCGUGUAUAAAGACCUGUUUUAAGCACCAAGAAGCAGGAGCCCUGGUGCAGCGCGGUGCUGAUAUCCUAUAUCUCCUCCUAGACUGCACUCCUCCCGAGUGCGAUCUGGCUACCAUCGCUCCUUCCUCUCUCAACUUGUCAGAUUCCAUUCAUUGUACCACAUUCCUCAAAUACUACGAGAUGUUAAUCAGAUAUAAACCGAACUGUAAAGGGCUAGUUAUGCCAAUAUGGAGUAGGCUGUGUGACUGCACUAAAGGUACCCCUGAAGCUAGAAGUAUGAUCUCUAUUCUCCAAACUGCUGCUAACUCCCUCAAUUCUAUCAAUGUUCUGAGUAUGAUAGAGUCUCUGUGUCACAGUCAGAUAGUAUCCACCCAGCACAAAGCACAACUAGCACAGCAGGUGCUACAAUCUGCUAGCAAGGAUGAUAAGCUACUAUCUGUCCAUCUCGCUAAGUUACUGAAAUCUGUUCCCUUUGAAGACAACCAAUACUUGAAAUUCCUGAGUGACGUACUGGACAUGAUAUCUGAUACAGGAGAUAAAAAAGAGUUACGAGUGCAGAGCAAGUUAGCAGUAUGGGAGAAUGUGAGUGCAGCACUCGCAGAGUACACCGAACAAACAGGAGGACAGCUGAAUGAGGGAACUAGGAUUAAACCGGAGUUCACCACAACCCACACUACUGUUAUCAUCCUGUUUAAACUGCUCCACAAGUCUCAUCAGAUAUCACAGACAAGUAUCCAGUCAGUAUGCACGAAGUGGGAGAGACUAGUUUCCCUAUACAUAGAGCACACUGCUCAGUACUGCUCGGUCAGCGUCACUGAACAGCUCAUAUCUCUUAUCCUGGAUACGUAUCUCGAUCAUAUCUUACUCUUCCCUCUCAUCUACUGCUCAAAGGUGUUAGUUGAAGAAAGCCCAGUGCCUCAAAUGGCACUUCUACAAUCCAAUUCCUCGCCGGUAUUUAAACUAGUUACAAAUGUACUGAACCUCGUGUACAAUGACACUAUUAAUAGCGAAGUGUCCCCACCUACCCUGACACUGUGUAUAGAGCUGUGCACCGCCUCCUGGAACCUACUAACUCCUGGUAGAACAAUCCCGACACUGCUUGAGAUGAGAGAUAGUUACAUUGGACUGAUAUCUCAAGAUAAACAGUAUGCUGGUUCCGUACAGAACACCAUACAAACUUCUUAUACAACUCUGCUUAGCAGUGUUCAGAAGCACUUAACAUUUUACAACGCUCCUGAAUUAGACUGCCUGGAAGAUUACCUUAUAUAUGGGCUGAAGCACAGUAAACGAUUAAUACGUGUUACAACUGCUAAAUUUUGGAACAGCAGCUUCGGAAUCAAACAUACUGGUUGUUACUCCGAAAAACUGAGAGCUGUUAUACAGCAAGAAGCGAAACGAAGUGCGCUGAUAGUACCGAACACCGCUAACAUGUCUGUUAUGGAUCAGAGCCAAAGCACUGAAAUGUUAGAUUUCGCAGCUAAGUCAGCAGAGUUGCCUGUAAAAGGUAGCUUCUUGAAUCUUUAUGUUAAACCGACUACAAGGAAUGUGGAAAUUGCUGCCAAGUCCUCAAAGAAGCCGGUCACAAAAGCACGUGUAGCUUCUGCUCCAAGGACCCGAUCUGUUCACAAACGAGAAGUUAUUGAAGAUUCGCAGGAGUGUAUUUACAUUUCCAGCUCUCCAAAAAAGCAGAAGAUCUUCACCAAACAUCAGAAAGAAAAGAAAAUCGAGCAAAGGUUGGAUCGCAAUGUUCCUGUCAUGUACAACAGUUUAGACGUAAAUUCUCAAGAACCGUUCAUGUUCGACAUAAACAGUCAAUCCCAAGCUCUUCCGAGCGCACCGGUAACUCCAGAGAAAGUUGUUGAAGUGUCCCCACCUAAACCUGUCACUCCUGGGUUCAGCUUGAGAAAGAUGCUUUUCCUGUCACCACAGCCCAGCGCUGGAACCUCGACGGAAGCUAACCAGUCAGUCGCUGCUAAAACUCUAGCUACACUUCCGUUAUCGAGCCCUGAUAUCCUCACCUCGCAAUCUGACCAGGAGAAUGCUCCAAGUGACUCCGAUGAAGAUUUGUACUGUGAUCCCCCUGAAGAACCAGACUCUGCUCCAAUCGAGCCCUCUGAACUUGCCAUCACCCCACCACCUUCUGAAGGGGUAAUGCCGGAUAGUGGCAUCGAACUGCAAGCUUCUCAACUCCCCGUAGAACUACCCGGAAACGAGUCAUUCUCACCAGAAGACUCUAACAAAAAAGGCGGCAUGAUAUCUAAUGUUUUAAAGUCGAUGAUUAGUUACGUGGUGCCGAAGAUGGUGAAACCAAACACUCUGACAAUUGUUUCUAACAGUGAUACUGACAAGUCUGAUGAUACUGGAUCACAAAGCUCCACACCCUGUGAUACUAAUACCACAUCAGACACUACUCCUCUUCAUUCAGACAUUACUCCUCUUCAUUCCAAAUCAUCCUCUGAAAUCAGUGCUGACAUUUCAGAAACUUAUGUCAAAACCACGCCUCUGGUCCCACCAGAGUCGCUUAUUGAGACUGUUUCAGAGACUCCAGCUGAGAGUCCAAUUGCUCCUCUUGUAUUUGUUGAGGACUCUCAAAAUGUUAUGUCUGAGAAAACGACAGCAACUGGAGAAACUAUCAUACCCGACUCGGUCUCACCAGAUAGCCUAGAAACUGUUGAAAUAAACCAGACAGCUCCUGAUAUCCAACAAUUCUCGAAUGAUAUUUCGUUCACUGACUGUUCAACUGCUAGAGAAUCAGCUAACAAACAAACCAAAGCUAAAAAAGCAGAACCUGAUAGACGGUCAACAAGACGUCUCACCAAGAGAACAAAGUCUGAGGAUCUCGGAAUCAAGGAUUCUCCCUCGAAGUUCAAGCGUGUGAAAUCAAGUGAUGACAUGAUUAAUGCCUUAACUGAUCCCUCGAAACUUAUGACCCCCAUAAAGGAAUCGGAAGAAUUUGCUAUGUUGCGGAAGAGUGUGCGACCAAGAAAGUCUUCUGCAAAACUAAGAGAUGAAUCCUUUAUCAAUACCGACUAUCCUGCUUCGAUUCUCAAUACCAAUUCCAAAGAUGAAAUUGACGAAGAAGCGGUGGUCAAGAAGAAUGUCCAAUCAUCUCAAAAUUCUAAAAUAGCAGCAAAAACACCAAUUCUUGAAGUAGGCAAAAAGAAGCGUGGACGACCUCGAAAAAAUACGCCGGGUGUCGCUCCUCUUGAAUCUCCGCGGAAAAAGGUGACCAACACCGUUAAAGAUCUCAGUUCUGCGAAUGAAAGUAAAGCUUUCAUAACUAUUCCUGACUCACAAUCGGAACAUAACAGUACAGAGAGCUCAGAAAACUCAGUCGUGUUUGUCGGUGAAGUAAGUUUUGAUGCUAAACAAACAUCUGAUAACACAAUCAGGAGACAGGAUACUAUUAUGAUCCCCGAUACGCCUGUCAUUGAAACUGCUCCGUUACUUACUGACGCUCUAAACCAACUUAAUGAAGUUCAAAAGUCCGCAGUGGAGGAUUUAAAAGAAUUGACAUCAAAUAUUUUGGUGCUGGAGAGCAUCAGAUCAGAUUAUCAGAUAAGUCAGGACAGCUCCAGUGAUACUACAGUGAAAAAUAUUUCUAAUAGUCAAACUAGUUUGCCAGAAGCGCAAACUAGUGUUCCAGAUAGCCAAACUAGCAUUCCAGAUAGUCAAACUAGUGUUCCAGAUAGCCAAACUAACAUUCCAGAUAGCCAAACUAGUAUUCCAGAUAUUCAAACUAGCAUUCCAGAUAGCCAAACUAGCAUUCCAGAUAGCCAAACUAGUAUUCCAGAUAGCCAAACAAGCAUUCCAGAUAGCCAAACUAGUAUUCCAGAUAGCCAAAUUAAUAUGCCAGAUAGUCAACCGGCAUCAGCAGAAGCAGAGCCUCAACGACCAACACCCACCUCAUCUCAGCCCAAAAAGAAAAGGGGCAGACCCUUCAAAAAAACGCCGACUCUUUCACCGAUAAAUUCGAGAAAGAGCUUACGUCUUACUGCCACGCCCUCCGAAACAAAGAACCUCAUAACUUCUUAUAUGUCCAAAAGUCCGAAACCAUAUAAGAAAGACAAAUUCAAGGAUUCGGACGAUACAUUCCUUCCUGAAGCGAGUCUGGAACAGUCUAAACUUUCAGAUAGCAAAGUGCAAAGUGAAUCUUCUACUGCUGAAAAUGAUGAUAGCGUAGAAUCUAAAUAUUCCGUUAAUCAAGUAGCAGGAAAAGAGGUUUCACAAAAUGCGCCUCACAGCGCACAGAAUGAUUCGGAGUCGUUAACACAAUCGCUCGCCCCCAACUUUCAGCUUACAGAGGAAGAUGAUUCUCCUAGUUUACAACUGCUCCCACUUCCUACUCCUUCCCAGGAGAUAUCUCCUCAAGAAACUGAAUCUGUUCCCUCUGACUCAUCUUCACAAAGAAGAUCCAGAAAACAGUCUAAACCUAAAAACUGGGCUGCUCCUAGACGCAAAAGUUCGCGGUUAACAACAAAAUCUCGAACAGCAGAAAACAUGGGUAAGGAGAAAGAAGAUUCUUUUACAGAGUCAUUGUCACAGGACAGUGAAAUUAUCGAGCUUCGCUCCCAAGUUCUUGUUCCUGAUUCAUUGCAACCGCCAGCACAAGAAUCUAAGGAAAAUAGCGGGGAAAGUCCUAUCAAUAAACAGUCAAAGGAGAAAUUUAAAAAGGACUCCGAAACGAAGACUUCUGUUGGGGAUGCUGAAGGUAAAAAAGAAACUUUGUCUCAGAUCCUUUCUCUGGACAUAUCAUCCUCUGACAAGAACAAUCUCUUGUCUCCUGAUAGCAAAAUCCAGGAAUUAAGCACACCUCAGAAACAUGCUAGCCUACAAUCUCCAGGGUACAAUGAAUCGCCUACAUCUGUUGGAUCGGUAGAGACCUUUGGUAAACCAGUGGCAAAGUUAGAGUUCAGUACGAUACAUCAGACCCCUGAUCCUGGUCUCGAUACCCAAGAAGACCUAACUGGUAGUGUACUAGUGAGGGAUACUUUACAGGAUCCAGUCGGAGAUACUCUAGACGACCUAGUAGAGGCUACUUUAAUGGAACCAGUGGAAGAUACUUUACCUGAUCCAAUCGAGGCACUAGUUGCAGACACUGACUCGCCUGACCAUAACACCCUACUCGAGGAUGAUGAUAUCCCUGCAGACGUAUUAAAGCUAGCUUCUCCUUACAAAGAGCUUGAGGAGUUUCCGGAGACAGACACAUCUGUAAUCUUUUGUGCCAACUCUCAGAUCCCCUCCUCGCAGGAAGAUUCUUCAAACGAAACUGACCAUGUUGUUAUACAAGACUCUCAGACCGCUGAGGAAAAUGCCGCUAAGUUGGAGAUAAGUCGUACUUCUCGAUCUCUAAAGAGGAAACCAAGUAUUCCGAGCAACCUACCUGAUGAAAUACAGGACCUGGUCGCUGUACAGAUGUCUGUUGCUCAAAACUUGGAGGUCGAGGUGAAAACUCCGCCAAAAAGUCUCCAACUGGGGGCUGUCGGAGAGCCCAUCACUCCAACUACUCCUAAAACUCCAAGCAGUAUUCUGAAAAGGAAACUAGAGCCUGGUUCAGGAUCACCAUCCUUGUCUAAACGUCAUGUUACCUUCGGCCCUUUGCCCGAGCCCCACAGAGAUCCCAACGAGGUUACCCCACGACGACACAGCAAGUUUAGGAAGUCUCCAGCUCCUCCCCAACCUAAAAUCAGAACACCAGAACCCGGUAGCAGUGAAGGUGCGGUAUUCCCAAGUCUAGCUCACAGCACAGUUCGAGCUCACGACAUCAUCAGAACACUAUGUACCGGGUUCACUCUGUCCCAGAGAAACUACAAUCUCUCUAUCGUGUCCUCUACUAUAAAGACUAUCGGAGAUCUGGCCAGACUUACUCCAUCUCAGAUUGAGGAAUACCCCUUUAUCACUCCGAAGUUGAUUCAAGUUCGACGAAACCUGAAGAAGUUUGAAGCCAGCCAAUCACCCAUGUUACUGUUCUCAGUCAAGUCAUUCCUCUCGGAAACUAAAGCACGUGAGAUGAGCCAGAAAUCUGAAUCUGAACGUUUGGAACCAGUUUCAGAAGUUGAAGAUGUUGGAAGCAAGUUACCAGCAAAGAUUGAUAAUGACAGUGAGACCCGCCAUUAUGAGGCUGAAGAGGGUAAAGAGAAUAUGACUGAUGAACUCAAAGGUAAUGAGACAGAAGAGCCAAUGGCAACGGAAUUGGAAGAUGACGAUAAGGAAAACAGAGAUCCCAACGACAAACACGCCCCAGAUGAUUCAAAAACUGAACCCACGGAGCAAACUAAAACAGUCGAGAUAAUAGAGAUCACCUCAAGUCAGAGCACUGAAGAAACUGAUGUCACUGAUUCUGAAACCACAGAGGUUUCAGGUCGAGAUUCUGUGCAACCAGCAACAAUGUUCAAUAGCAACUCGGUGCUUCCUACGACUGAUGCACUAAGUGAGGCAACAGUUAUUCAAAACUCUCUAUCAGCAGUUGUGUCCUCUAGAGAGCAGGAUGUGAUAACUGUAGGACGCUCUGAAACUAACUCUACAUCUACAGAAGAUACUGAGGCUUUAGAACCUGUCGUCGUAUCGAGUGAUAAUUCUGACUCUACAUCGGAAGAGUGUAAGAUAGCUGGUUCUGAAGUCAGUAGGAAUGAUUCAGAAUCCAAUCCAGAAAUAGAAAUUGUUGAUAAGAGAACUAGCCAAGUGAACAAGACAGCAGCGGUAAGGGAUGCUACAUCAUCUACGGAACAAACCUCAGAGUCUUUGGAAAGCGAUGAGUCUCACCCGACUGCAUCAGUUAUCUGUGAAGAUUCACCCGAGAACAGUCUGGGCCUGACUUGCGACGAGGAGCUCUCAUUAUCAUGUGAGAUGAAGAAAAACAACAGUCAUGGUAGUCCCUCUGUAAUCGCAGAGACAACUUCCGAGUCAUCACAGUCGAUCAGCCAAGACAUCUCAAAAACAAUCAGUGAAUUUACGAGAGAAGCUGAGUUUGAGAUUCAAGGAAAAAUAGUUGAGUCGCAAGAGGAGGGUAUGGACUUUGAGGAUGAUUUUAAACUUAGCUCGACUGACAGUGAUACCGCAGACGGUUUUGCUGAUCAGAAACCUAAAUCUGAGAACUCCUCCAUCUGUAGUCUUAUUCGGGAUAUGCCCGGUCUAAGUUCACCAGUCAGUAGAGAUGAAGUCACUUCUACCGAUGAUAUCACACAUGAAACGGAAACCAGAGCUUCAGACCGUGACGUCACUGUUUCUGAUGACGUCACGAUAUAUGGUGACGUCACUAAUCCUCUGGUGGAUUAUCCGCUGACGCAACCUAGACCCCUAGUAGAUUAUCCUCUCACUCAAGAUGUAAAUACAUUUUCUUUCGAGGAUGAGAUCCAACGAAUCGAGGAUAAGCUUAGUACAAUAUCAGACCCUGAAAGGAGACAUAACGAACGGUACAAAAUAAUCGAGCGUUUGUGUCGCGGUGGAAGAGAGAACUCUUGAGAGGCACGUAACAUGAACAUAGCCUGUUUGUGACACUUCCGUGCCCUACUUGAUCGAGGAUUCGUGAUGUAACAUGAAACGUGUUAAUCUUUGGAAACGUCAUGAUGAAUUGAUAGGUGAGCAGUGAAUGAAAUGCGGGGACUGAUACAUAAAUACGCAAUAAUAUUUAGUUGCGCAUUCAAAAUCACAUAUUUUAAUAAUGAAUGUUUUUAUUUUAAAUUAUUCGAUUGUUAACUUUUAGAUAUCGUUUGGUAAGGGGUACGUUUUUAUUCAACAAGUAGUGGCUGUUAUUUUGACUUUUCGUUUCUUAGUAAUUUAUCUGUUUUUACAGUCAAAACUGAUUCGAAAUCUCAAGGUUUCAGUUCAUUUUUUAUUUUUAACGCCAUCUUUCAACUUAUUUAUUAUCAUGAACCUCCAAAUCUAAUACCCUCUUUGAUUAAGAUAAUUAUACCCCAUUAUUUGGCUGAUUUUACAGCUUUGAUUUGUUAUGAUACAAAUUAAUGACACAAAUUUGUGACAGUGACAAUUUUUUUUAACAAUUGAUUAGCAUCGGGCUUUGAAGCUAGAGUUUAUAAUGUAUUUGUAGAAAAUGCGUUUAUAUUUAUAGAAACACAUAAGAAAUUAUUAAAGUCACAAAUUGUUA